AUGUAUCUGCCGCGCUCGCUUGUUUCCAAGCUGUAUCUGCACCUGCAGAACUCGCGCCACCCGCUGGCGCCGCCUGUCCUGAUCCUCGUCGCUCUCGAGCCCGACGCGCUCUGCGCCUGCCGCAUCCUCACCAGCCUGCUCAAGCAUGACUACAUCCCGCACAAGAUCCAGCCCGUGGCGGGCUAUGCCGACCUCGCCCGCGUCGGCCGUGAGCUGGUGGCGCCCAUGAUGCAGACGCGUGGCGGCAACGGCGGCGUCGUGGUGUGUCUGGGCGUCGGCGGCACAGUCGACCUGGCGACGUUCUUUGGCCUGGAGUCGGACGACGACGACGACAACCUGGCGAGCGGCGAGCUGGCCUUUGGCGGCGUCGAGGUGUGGGUGCUGGACGCGCACCGGCCGUGGAACCUGAGCAACGUCUUUGGCGGGUUCCCGCUGGAGCCGGCCGGCGACUCGCAGACGGCUCUCGCGGCAACACCGACGCCGACGCUGUCGGGACGCGUGCCGCCGGGUGUCCGCAGCGGACAGAUUGAGCGUGCCUACAAGCCCGGCAAGGGCGGCAUGAUUGUGUUUGACGACGGCGACAUUGAAGAGGACCUGGGCGCCGAGCGCGAUGCGUACAUGGCGCUGGCGGAUAUGCCCGAGAUUGACGACGACGGCCACGACGAUCUCGGCGAAUCGAGUGACGAGGAGGAGGAGGAGGACGACGACGAAGACGACGAGGAACGGCCACCAGCGCCACGCGCUGGCCAGAAGCGCAAGUCUUGGCUGGACGACGAAGAGGAGGAGGACGAUGGCGACGACGACCGGCCACACCAGCGGCGGCGCAGCAACUCGUCGAGUCCCAUCCCAGACGCGCCACGGCCCAAGUCACGGCCACUCCUGUCCCUGAGGGGUCGUGAGCAGCCGUCGAGCGACGCCGUGGCCUUUUCGGACGAGUCGCGGCACGACGAGGACGGCGACGGCGCCUCUUCAUCAAGACGACCAACAGCGUCCAAGAAUGCCCAGAAAACGCAGAAAGCCCCCUCGGCACGCACACUCCGUCGCCGUCUCCUGCGCCUCAAGCACGUCAACGAGGCCAUCCUGCGCAAGUACUACCGCAUGGGCGCCUCCUACUCGGAGCCCAUCUCGUCCAUGAUGUACUCGCUGGCCUCGGAGCUCGGCCGCGAAGACAACGACCUGCUGUGGCUCGCCAUUGUCGGCGUCACCUCCAUGGAGCUGUAUGGCCGCUCGUCGGCCGGUGUCGGCGUGUCCGUCCGCAGCGCCGACACCAGCCGGCCCACCACGGGCUGGAUGGGCAUGCGCGGCGCGCGCAUCCGCCAGCUGCUGCGCGACGAGGUGCGCCGUCUCAACCCGCCAGACGCGACGCCGCUGGCCUUGUCCGGCGCCGCCAAUGGCGUCACAGGCCGCUCCUCGCCCGAGUUGGGUAUCAUCCCGACGACCGCCCGCAGCCCCGAAGACACGAGCAUCCGCCUGUCGCCCGAGCCCAAGUUCUUGCUGAUCCGCCACUGGAGCUUGUACGACAGCAUGCUGCACUCGCCCUACCUGUUUUCGCGCCUCAAGAUGUGGAGCGAGACCGGCCUCAAGCGCCUGCACAAGCUGUUUGCCAAGAUGGGCGUCAGCCUCGUCCAGUGCAAGCAGAGCUACUCGCACAUGGACAUGAUGCUGAAGCGCGAGCUGCGCGUCAAGCUGCUGAAAUACGCGUCGCUCUACAACCUCGACGGCAUGGUCCCCACCAUCGACACGGACGGCAAAGACCGCGCCGGCGCCAAGGAUGGCUGGGGGUUUGUGCGCAGCUGGGGCUGGCGGGCCACGCUGAGCGCCCAGGACGUCGCCGUUGUCGUUGGCGCGCUCCUCGAGGUGGGCAAGAACCAGGGGGCCGCCCCUGUCGCCGGUCAUGCCAACGGCGGCUCCCACGCCAGCAACGCCAGCAACGGCACCGCUGCUGCUGCCGCUGCCGCUGCCGGCGACGACGACGCCCUCGAGGACGACGACGAAAGUGACCCGUCCGAAGAGUGGGUCCCCCGCUUCUGGGACGCCUACGACGCGCUCGAGAGCAUCGAGUUCCUCAAGGACGGCCUGCGCACCGCCAAGUUCUUGCACCGCGCCAUUUUCAACACGGGCACCGCCCUCAUCAAGAAGAAGCAGAUCACCCACCUGCACGCCUUCCGCAUGUGCAUCGUCAAGGACGGGCCCGACGCUGCCGUCUUCAACCACCCGGGCGCCCUCACCAAGCUGGCGUUGUGGAUCGGCGAGGCGCUGGCCGAGCAGGAACGGGACGCCACCGGCCGCCUCGCGCACGGCGGCCGCGGCACCCCCUUGGUGGUGGCCUCGCUCAACGAGAAGCGCGGCGUGUAUGUGGUGGUGGGCACCGGCGGCGGCGGCGGGCCGGACAUGCUGGCGCAGAACCGGUCCGCGGCCCGCCAGAGACAAGAGGCGCGCGCCGCGAAAGCCAAGCUGCGCGAAGACCGGCGGCAAGCCCGGAAAGCCCAGCGUGACGAGGCCAAAGAGCGACGACGUGCGGAGCGCCGAAGUGAGGAGAACGAGGGGGAGGAGGACGAGGAGCAGGAGGAGGAGGAGGAGGAGAGCGACUCGUCCGAGUCCGACUCGGAAUCCGACGACGACGACGUGGACGAGACGUUGGGCGAAACGAGCCGGGGGUUCGGUCUCAACCGGUUCGGCACCGCCUUCCAGGACGUCGUCGCCGAGACCAACACGCGCGUCCGCAUCGACAGCUUUGAGCACUGCGUGGUCGAGGUCAAGAAGGAGGACCUGGGCGGUUUCCUGGAGAGCCUGAGCAUGAAGGCCGUCGUGGGCUGA